CUGCACUAUGAGUGAAUUUGCAGACGCUCAUCUGACUAUGUAGUCAUGUUACCCGCAGGCCUGGGUACGCAUAUUGAUGUCUGAGGGCGCACGACGACCCCACCUUGGGCCCCAGACUCUGUGGAAGACGGUCAAAUCCGUGCCCAGACACCACGGUGACUUCCUCCUAUGUCAUAUUCUUCCAAGCAAGGAACCAUCUAUGCCCGCACUAUUAUUCAGACAGGGGUCACCUGGAGGUUUAAAAGCAAGACUCAUUCAUUGCUUAACAUUCAUCUCAUCAACUGCCAUCUACUAAACAACCAUGUCCGAAUCAGCAGCCGUCUCCCAGUCCGCGAACAUGUCCGACCUUCUGCCCACGAACUUCGUCGGGACCACCAUGUGCGCAGCGCAGAGCGACGAUGGGAAAUUCCGCGUCUACUUUCAAAACAAGGACUAUCAGAUCUAUGAGAUGUCGUUGAACGACCCAAAGAGCACGACCUAUACGCUGCUCAAACUCACCAAUAGCAACAUGCCUGCUGCCCGUAUCAACACGCCCAUCGCAGCUGUGGCGUGUAACAACUUGCAAGAGAUCCGCGUUUAUUACAUCACUGUGGACAGUCGUGUGCAGGAGAUUUGCCACACCCAGCGCCACGGCUGGCAGAAAUGCGAGACCCUUGGCACUGCGGUUGAGAACAGCACUUGCUUGUAUGCUCAAGACCGAUCCAGCCGCGACACCAGUGCUAGUGAUCAUAAUAAGGGCAUGCUCAGGGUCGGGUUUCAGUCUGCGGCUGCUCCCCAGACAAUCACAGAAGCUUAUCGCAUGAACGACGAGUGGAAGAUUCGUGUACUCUAACUUGGGAGAGAAUGUUAGUGUACUUUGCUCACAUGCCAAGAAAGUGAUGGGGUUGCAGGAUUUAGCAGUGCCAAAAUGUUGUAUGUACUAUAUGUGAACUUGCCGCAAUGUUACUAGUCUCAAAGAUGAACGUUAUAGCUAUAUCUUAGCCCACCACCAACA